GGUGCCGGAGCCCCCGUGUACCUGGCGGCGGUGCUGGAGUACCUGACCGCUGAGAUCCUGGAGCUGGCCGGAAACGCCGCCCGCGACAACAAGAAGACCAGGAUCAUCCCCCGUCACCUGCAGCUGGCCGUCCGCAACGACGAGGAGCUCAACAAGCUGCUGGGCGGAGUCACCAUCGCUCAGGGCGGCGUGCUGCCCAACAUCCAGGCGGUCCUGCUGCCCAAGAAGACCGAGAAGCCCGCCAAGAAGUAAACAACAAACACAAACACACAACGGCUCUUUUAAGAGCCACACA